AUGGAGACAUUGCUGGAGCAACAGCGUCGUUACCACGAGGAACGUGAACGCCUGAUGGAUGCAAUGGUGAAAGAGCUGCUUCAUAAAAAGCCAGGACACCGGGACAAUGUUAAUUCAGAGCACAGGUUAAAAAUGUUGCUCCAACAAUAUAUGGAGUGUGCUAUGCAAUUACAAGAUUUGUACGAGGAUAAGGAUGGUCAACGUAAAGAAGAAGUUCAAGCUCUGUCAGGUCCAAAUGAAUUCUCCGAGUUCUACAACCGUCUAAAAUCAAUAAAAGACUUUUACCGACGUCACCCGAACGAGAUCAGCGUUCCAAUGUCAGUAGAAUUUGAAGAGCUGGCAAAAAUGCGAGAGAAUCCCACAGAAGAGCUCGCGAACUGGAUAGAAUUUACCGACGAAGAAGGCUACGGAAAAUACCUGGACCUCCACGAGUGCUACGAAAAGUACAUUAACUUAAAAGGUAUCGAAAAAAUUGACUACAUCACAUACUUAUCAACGUUUGACCACUUGUUCGACAUCCCCCGGGAGCGUAAAAACGCGGACUACCGUCGUUACUUGGACGCUCUGCUGAUUUACCUUUCAGACUACAUAGAGCGUAUCAAGCCUCUGCAUAACUUGAACAACGAGCUUGAGGAGGCUAGAAAAGAAUUUGAGGUCCAGUGGGAGCAGAACACAUUUCCAGGGUGGCCGAAAGAAACUGGCAGUGCUCUGACCAAUGUAGGUGCUCAUUUAGAUCUUUCAGCGUUUUCUUCCUGGGAAGAAUUAGCUUCUCUGGGGCUGGAUCGACUCAAGUCAGCGCUGAUGGCUUUGGGGUUGAAAUGCGGAGGCACUUUAGAGGAACGCGCUCAAAGAUUGUUCAGCACCAAAGGCGAGGCUUCGUUGGAUCCGAAUUUGUUAGCAAAGAGCAAGAAUAAAAAAGCGGGCAAAGGCAAAGACAUGGCAAAGCAGAAGGAAGUUGCUUCUCUGGAGGCUCAGGUCUAUCGCUUGGCUGAGAUAGUCUCCACUCAGCGAGUGGCUACCAAGGAAAACGUCCAGCGAAAGCAGGCGAGAACUGAAGGAGAACGCGGAGACUCUGAUGCCGAAGCCAGUGCUUCUGAGUCUGAAGAGGAGGACGACAAUGAAGUUCCGUAUAAUCCUAAAAAUUUGCCUCUAGGUUGGGACGGAAAGCCCAUUCCCUACUGGCUGUACAAAUUACAUGGGCUGAACAUCAGCUACAACUGCGAGAUCUGCGGUAACUUCACUUACAAAGGUCCCAAGGCUUUUCAGAGGCACUUUGCUGAGUGGAGACACGCUCACGGUAUGAGGUGCCUCGGUAUCCCCAACACUGCUCACUUCGCUAACGUUACCCAGAUUGAGGACGCUCUUGCACUCUGGGAGAAGCUCAAGGCUCAGAAACAGGCUGAACGAUGGCAGCCAGAGCAAGAAGAGGAAUUUGAAGAUUCACUUGGUAACGUUGUGAAUAGAAAAACCUAUGAAGAUUUAAAACGUCAGGGUCUUUUAUAA